AUGCCGCGUCAACUGCCCUGGACAGUCAAAGGUGCAGGGAGAAUACAAGCCAACUUAGCACCAGCCCGACAAGCUGCAAAGCCGCGUGUCUCUUCCGCUAUAGAAGGUGACUUCUUUGAUGACACAGUACUAGCGAGCGGCAAAGGCGAAGGGAGGGCUAUCGAGUCUGACGAUGACUUGCCCAAGUUACCGGCAGAGCCGUCUACACCUCUAACCAGGACUGGGACAAAGGAUGCACCCCGAAAGAGGCGUGAAGAGUCAUCAUCUCCACCUCCUGUUGAUAAAUUCGAGCAGCCAUGUAUCGAAAGCAUGCACAAAGGCGUCUCCAGAUUCGAUCUACGUGACGAUGAAUGGAUGAUGGUAGAGGACGAGUUCCUCGAAACGGCAAAGCUCUUCACAAGACACUUGCAUAUGGCAGAAUACGAGAAGCUCAAGAAAACCAUUGAGGAGAAGAAGAAGCAAGCUGAGAUUGCGAGGCCAGUAGUAGCUAACGCCAAGUUGUCUACGACUGCUCUUAUGAAAGAGAAAGCCAAGGUCCAAGAGCAGAAGCAGAAGCGGGCAAUCCGGGAUGUGUUUGCGUCCCAGAACAACGAUGAUGAUGAGGGAGAAGCGAAGGUGCGAGACACGGCCCCCAUGCGUACGAACGCCAGCAGAACCACUUCCUCUUUUCUGACCUUACGGAAUCCUCCGACAUCUAGCCCCAAGCAACCUCUAAAAUCAUACGAAGCACAAGAAAGCGAUAGUGAAGAUUUGGAUGCAUCACGCCCUUUGAAAAAACCGGCAUCUAAGGCCAUAACUACACCAAGAACAACCCAAGCCCAUAUCAGCAGUACGUCUGCCGAGCAAACCCCAGCAUUACCCACUUCAACUAAGACAAAAGCCUCUAUUGUCAAGCCUGCACCUCCAUCGAUAGUAAAACAACCUCGUUUGAGGCUAAGUGGGGCAACGCCAUUUGACAUGCUUGACGAAUACAUACCAAAGAAAUCGCCGCAGUCAUCACCACAAAUCUCAGCGGAGGGGCCUACAAAGCCACCAGUUGCGCGUCAUACAUCCACUAGCAGCACCAAGUCAUCAUCAGUUGGAUGGUCAGCCAGUGCCUCGGUUGAUACUAGAGCAUCUGAGAUUGCAUCAGAUAUUAAUGUGAGCAAAGAGACUUCGAAUCGGAUUGCGAAGCGAAAAGCCGAGCGCGAGAAGCAGGAGAAGGAGAAGGCGCGGAAAGAAGCAGACUUAGAUGAUAUUCCAACCUUUUUAUUUUGA